UGUGGUAGAGGAGUCAGGAGUUGCGAGAGAGUCAAGAAAUGACCAAUAUUAGUUAGUAACGCGAUAAUGUGUUGGCAGGAAAUCAGCAGCACAGUGUGCUGUUCGUGUUUGUACCCAGACACAGAAAAGUAACGCGUUAGCUUUGGAGUUUUCUUCGCUGGCAUCACAGAUAUGUAAAGUUCAGACUUCUUAGGGUUGGACGUCGUGAAUUAACGUGAACUUCAGAAAUUGAGGUUGCUGUUAAAGUUUGUGGAUACGGGCAGCAUGUGUGUCGUGUGCUGAAAACCUCACCCGUGAAGUUAGGUGUGGAGCUGUUUAACUGAACGCUGUACUUUUGACAGUCAUAUUGUUACAUAAACAGCUUUAUCAACCGAACGUGGCUGAUUAUGUCAGCAUCAACAGCAGAGGCCAGCUCGUCCCAGCAGCGGGUUAAACACAGCGGCUCCCCAACAGCCUCCUGCUCGCCUUGUAGCAACAACACCACCGCGGUCCGGUUGCAGCCCAUCCGUGCUACGGUGCCGUACCAGCUUUUGCGUGGAAAUCAACACAGCCCAACCCGCUCCGUUUCCUCCUCCUUCUCAGUAGCCGGGAGCAACACAGGACCGACGACGUCCCGUUGCUCCAGUCCCGCCAACCCGGGUGGAAGCGGCUCGGACGGAAGGCUGGUUCCCAGGCAGAGACUUUCACCUACGGACAGCAGGAGCUCACCAGAACGCUCUCCUUACUCGCCUCUUUCCAAAGUUGAAAGGACAAAAUCACAGCAGGUGCGGAGCUCGGGGGCCAUUUGGCGGACUUCCUCCCUGGGCACCAUCACUGGGCCCUACCUCACUGGGCAGUGGCCUCGUGACCCCCAUGUGCACUACCUAUCUUUUAUGAAAGACAAGUCCACACAGACUCCUGGAUGUUGGAGUGAGGAAACAGGAGAGAAGAGGAGCACCCACCAGCGCUCUGCGUCCUGGGGCAGCGCCGACCAGCUGAAAGAGAUUGCAAAGCUCCGGCAGCACCUCCAGCGCAGUAAACAGGGAGGACGCAACAGUAAAGACAAGGACCGGCUGCCCCCCCUCCAGUGCAACACCAUCACCUACACCACCUUCACCAGCACUACCAACCACACCUCCACAACCAGCCACGUUCAGCAGUUUUCCAUGUCGAAGUCGGCCCAGAUGCCGCUGUCCAACAUCACAGUGCCAAAGCCCUCCAUCUCCAGGGUGCCCAGCAGCAUGGAGGGCAUCAACCAUGAGCUGGAGAAGGUCUUCAUCAAAGACAACGGAGAGAAAGAGGAGCUGAAGUCCCUGGAGGUUCCCGAUGGUCGGCGGGCCCCCUUCCCUCCCCAGCAGCGCAGCAGCAGCACCCGCAGCGUGGACACCCAGACUCCCUCAGCCCCCGGGCGGUCAAGCAGCUGCUCCAGCCUGUCGCCCUGCCCCUCACCUGCCUGCCCACCAGGAUCACAUGACGGCAGUCCUUACUCCACAGAGGAUCUACUGUACGACCGGGAUAAAGACAGUGGAAGCAGCUCACCGCUGCCCAAGUUUGCCUCCUCGCCCAAACCCAACAACAGUUACAUGUUCAAGCGAGAGCCGCCAGAGGGCUGUGAGAAGAUUAAAGCUUUUGAGGAGAUGAGCUCCAGGCAGUCCACAUCUGCAUCAGUCCCCCUCUUCUCCUGCCCCGACAAAAACAAGGUCAACUUCAUCCCAACGGGCUCGGCGUUCUGCCCCGUCAAACUCCCCGGCUCCCUGCACCUCACCCCGGCCUCUGAGCCCGAGGAGGACGAGGACAACGCGGAGGCGGGCUUCAUCUCAGAGCCUCAGGGGGCCACGUUGCUCUACGGCGCCCCCACUCAGGUCUCCACGAGCACCAGCACAGACGACCCCCCGGAGGAGCCCGGCUCGCCCUCAGAGACUGCAGAUCCCCAGACAGACAGCCCGGCCAUCAGCUAGACCUGAGCAGAGCUGGCCUCUGGCUCCGGGAUCCACGCUAGCGACCACCGACCAUCACCACUGACUGUCCCACCGACACCUCCCUCUGCUCUGCCAGGGGAGCCUCCGUCUCUCUGUGCUGACCCCCUCCACCCCCCCCUAUCUCUGCAUGACGUAGCAACAAUGUCCCGAAUAACCACCACCGCCACCACAAAGACUCGCCACCUUAAUGUUGUGUCCUGCAUAAUGUCUGAGCUGUUGUUGGCAGGGAAGGACCAUGGUUAGAGGUUAUCAUAUGCAGGCAUCGGAGGGAAGAAUGGAGCACUAUGGAUGGGGGGAGGGGCAUGCAUUUUAAACUGGUAGUAUAUUUCUGAUUAAAUUAUGUGUUGUGUUCUCUUUCAACAUUCACAGUAUGAAUAAGCUCUCUAAACAUAUAUAUACACACAUAUAUCUCUAUGAAAAGAAAGAAAAAUGCUUGUUUAAAAAAAAAAAAAUCCAAAACGGUAUU